UUAAGUUACUGUGAAGAAAUGAAAAGGAGUCUAGCUGACACUUCAGCUCGCAGCACAGCAGGUUGUCUUCCUGUACCUCUGUUCAAUCAGAAAAAAAGAAAUAGACAGCCCUUCACUUCAAACCCACUUCAAAAUGAGCCAGGUACCAGUUCUGGGACUUGGACUUACAACUUCUCUGCCACAUCACUGGGCUGGGGAACUGCAAACCCAGAAGUGGCUGCUACAGAAAGCAGCAAACAGUGGGUAGUUUCAUCAUCCCAAUUAAAAAUGAAAGAAAAACCAAAUUUGCGAAUCAUAUCUGCAGUCAUUGAAAGCAUGAAGCAUUGGACUCAAUAUGCUCAUAAAACUGCACUAUUAUUUGAAGUUUUAGGCACACUUGAUUCUGCAGUCGCACCUGGAGCAUACGGGGCAAAGUAUUUUCUUUUGAGAGAUGGAAAGGAGAUUCUGCCUUGUGUAUUUUAUGAAAUUGACCGGGACCUUCCAAGGCUAAUUAGAGGUCGAGUGCACAGGUGCAUGGGAACCUAUGACACAAAAUGGAACCUUUUCAAGUGUGUCUCUGUAAGACCAGCAACUACUCAAGAACAAAACACUUUCCAAGAUUUUGUUAAAAUUGCAGAUGUUGCAAUGACAGCAUAUGUAAAAAACAAUGAAUGA